AUGGCCAACCACACACCCAAGGAUGUGGCUUAUUCGCCGCCGCAAUCGCAGCCAACCCCUUCCCUUGACCGACUCGACUCGCCCAUUCCUUCACGCGCGACGUCCAUAGACGCAGAUGGACUCUUGGACGGCUCGUCAACGGCGGGGCGAAAGCGAAAGCUCAAUAGCAUGUCCUCGCGGGGAGUCGCCAACCUCACGCCCGAUCAAUUAGCGAAGAAGCGGGCCAACGAUCGUCAGGCGCAGCGUGCCAUUCGCGAACGGACCAAAGGCCACAUCGAUGCGUUAGAGCAACAAGUCCGGGAUCUCUCAUCCCAGAAGCCAUUCCUUGAUCUGCAGGCAGCUUUACGCCAGAAUGAGACCAUUCGAGCCGAGAAUGCAGAGCUUCGCCAAGGUCUCAAGGCCGCAAUGGACAUCAUCCAGCCAUUGUUGGCAAAAACGGAACUACCAGAUGCAAUCCCUGCUCUACGGUUACCGACUUCCGCCCCGCCCCCUUUACAUACACCUCCCUUCCCCGACUCAGAUCAAUUCGCCUCCCACACGACACACCUUUCAGCCGAGAAGCAAGAUGCCGAAUCCAUGGCCAGCCUCGACACACCUUCUCCCACACACUCUGCGCCAACCCCCAUGAGCCGCCGCAACAGUGCCACAGGGGGUCCUCCGGGAAUGUCCUUCCGCCUCGCAUUAGAUUCGCAGCGGCAUAAUAUCACACAUGGACUGGAUCUGGGCUCCGAGGAGCGUUUGGGGUUCAAUUUCCUCCUAGAUGCUUCCCAUAGCAUACCGAAGAUCGAGCUCAACCGCAGCAAUUCAGAGACUUCCCGCGCUAUGCAGCACAAACCCCAAUCGCCAGUAUAUCCGAGCGCAUUGAACAAUGCCCCAGAUCGUGGGCAACUUGCAUCCUCCACUCCGAUUCAGAAUGUGGCAGCGACGUGCCCGCUAGAUACUAUUCUCUUGGAUUUCCUCCAUAGCCGGCAACGCGAAGCCGCACAGGGAAUUCCGAGACAGAAACUCGCUGGGCCGCCAUACCCAAGCGUGUCUUCACUACUAAACCCCGAGAAGAGUGUGUUCUCACAUCCCGUCUCGAAAGUGUUCACGGAUAUCUUGCGCACAUUCCCAGAUAUCUCGUCACUACCAGAGCAGGUUGCUGUACUCUAUUGCAUGUUCCUCCUUAUGCGGUGGCAGAUAUACCCGACGCAAGAGAAUUACGAGCGGCUCCCCGAGUGGUUCACACCCCGCUCAACACAGCUAUUGCAGGCCCAUCCAGCUUGGAUGGACUACGUCCCGUGGCCGGCAAUGCGGGAUCGCAUCAUUACGUCCCACCAGAACUAUCCUUUUGAGCACUGGUUCAUUCCUUACACCAACGAUCUCAGCGUCAAUUGGCCAUACGAGCCUACAGACUGCCUGUUGUCGGCAGGUGAUUCGGAGGAACUGGUGAUCAACCCUGUCUUUGAGCGGCAUAUGAGGAAUUUGUCAAACUGGUCACUGGGACCUUGCUUCGCAGAGGCCUUUCCCUCUUUGGCAGACACUGCACAGAUCAAGCCCAAAGACAGAAGCUCGACGAACCGCUUACCAACAAAUCGUUAA